AUGGAUUUUGCCUUUCCGUGGCAUUUUUGCCAUGUUGGCGGGCUGAGAGUUCAUGAGAGCGGUUGGUGGCGCACCGUUGGCCUUUUCGUAGUGAGUAGCCGGCUCUCGGAGAGGGUGCGUCGGGGUGACCCCACUCGCAAUAAUGCGCCCGGGGCCUCACUGGUGGAUGAAGGCUUCCGCGAGCAACGGCGUGCCCGCGUUCAGUUCCAGGCGGUGCGGCAGCGGCUGGGAGUGGUGCAGCCGCUGCCCCGCCAAGGGGCCACUCGGGCAGAAGGUUUGGGCCACACGUGGGCGCGCUUGCGGCGGUGCCUGCGGCACAGGCGGCUGGUGGAAAAACGCAUUGCAGGCACUUGUCGGCGGAAGGUGCGAUCGGGCGGCUCCCCGGCACUGGGCGGAGCCUGGGGAGCUCUGGGGGCACCGCGCGCAAAAACCCCAGUGCCCUCGACAGCGCCCAGGCCGCCGUUGCGGGAGCGAGUCAACCAGGGCGCCCCCGGCCCCAGGUGCCGGAGGAUUGGAAAGCGUAGCGGAACGCGGCGCCCCCUGCGCCGAGGCACCUGUGCGCUGCGACGCUCAACGUGCCGGGGAGGUCCUGUUGAAGGCCGGGUUCUGCGCUGGGCGAUGCGGCGGCCGUCUGCGGCGCUCGCGCUGGCCUGCGCGCAUGGUCGUGGGGAGCGCCCUGGCUGCGCUCGGCCCGGCCCU